AUUUAUAUUCUUGUUAAAUAUCUUAUAGUUCUUGGGACUGAUAUUACAAUGUCAGAUGAAAUUGGAGAAGAUGGCAACCCUAUUGAUCAAGGAGCAGACAUCACAAUAAAAGAUAAAGCCGUUAAUAUCAUGAAUAGAGGUACUGGCACCAAUUGGAUGUUCAGUCUCAUGGGUAAAAAGCUAUGGAAGAGAAAAAAACACAAAGGAAAAAUCUCCCCUUCAUCAUCUCAGAUGAUGCGAACUAUUUCAAUCCAUCAUUUGGAAUGCAAUGAUUUUGUUUCUCAAAGUGAAGUUGGUGAGACGUCGGCUUCCGGUAGUGAGAGUUCAAAAAAUGCUCUCAGUUCUGAUUCAUUGGCAAUGAGUGAAUGUGAAUCGCAGGCACAUAAAGGAACUCUUGAAUCUGCAGAAGGAAAGCCUGCUUAUGAAGAGAGAUUAAUGGCUCCCGCUAAAGUUAGAAUAUUAACAAAGUCUGCUUCAUUUCCUGGAUCAGAGUUCUCUGGAAGUGCUGCUGGUAUAUUUUUACCAAGCUAUAGAAGGAUGAAGAGUGUUUCCAUUGUUACUCAGGAGGCAAAAAAUGGAUCUGUUGGCGCAUUCAUUAACAUUGCAGGGGGUGGAUCUGACCCGGAUGCUUUACCUGGUUCUCAUGAUUUGAUGAAACAAAGAGAAGCUAGAACUGUUUUAAAUCGACUGAGAAACCUCAAGGAGAGGAUAAAGGAUGUAAUAAUGGAGAACAGGAAGGAGAAAAAGAGGAUCUCUAGGGACGGGAUUCUGCAUAAGGUUCCGUUUGGCCGUAAGCUACUGGAAGAUAUGAGACAUGAAAAGAUAGACCUCUGGAAUGAUUCUGCUUCUGAAAGAUGUGAUAGAGGUAGUGAAGGAAGUAACUUCAGUAAUGCUCCUGGUGGUUCUUAUAGCAAAUUUGCACAGAAGAGUUUUCAGCAUUCUUGUUCGCUUAAUGAAUCUUUAGACAGAUAUUCUAAGUUGUUAGAGACCAUUUCACUUAAAGAAAAGGAGGAAGUUUCUGAGAGUUCUAAAUUAAUCCAAAAAGAUGGCGGUUUGCUCGAAGGUAAGCUUCCAAAGAGUUUUGGAAGGAUGAUCUCUAGUUCGGUGUUCAGGUCGUUUUCUUUUAGCAAUGCUAUUCAAACUGAAGCAUAUCUGGAGUCAUCAAAAAUUCUAGCAGCAGAACCUUUUGGAAGUAUGAUGAACAGAAUUGUAAGGUCAAAAUCGAACCGAGAAGACAAUGUUUUGCAGCAAGAAAUGCUUCCAAAGAACUUUGGAAGAAUUUUGUCUAGUCCUUUGUUGAUGUCAUAUUCUUUCAGCAAGGCUGUACAAAGUGAACACCAUCUUGAAUCAUCACAAAUUCCAACACCAAAUGCCAAUGCAAUCAUUUCACCUAUUUUAGAAAGAAAUGAUAGUGAACAUGAAAUGGUUGUGGAUCCAGAUUCGCUUUUUAGUGCAGACAAAACCAUAAGAUCAAAUGAAUUUGUUACUUCUACUGUAGAAAACAUCUCUGAGAAAAUAGAAAGUCAAGUAAAUCAAGUUUCGGUGGAUGACUCUCGAUACAUUGAGCUAUCUCUCUUACCAGAAGCUGUAGAAGAGGAAGCUGACUUAGUCAAUAGACAUGAAGCUCAAACAGAAGCUGAAUCUGAUAUCAAGAUUGAAAAACCAAGUUUUAUCUCAUCUCUGGACCCGAAUAUGGUUGAAGGUUCUGCUAGUUCAGUUAAAUAUUUACUCCGAGAAGGUUCAGAACUGCAACCAAUACCUACUGAUGAGCAACAUCUAUUCUCCGAUGCACAGAACAAAAUUUACGUAGACCCCAAAUAUGAUUCUUUGUUUGAAUUUGUGAGGUUCGUUCUGAGUCAGUCUGAGAAUGAAGCACCUGGCUCAUCUUACGAAUUUGGGACGAAAACGAACAUGCCUUUCGAACCGAAACUCUUAUAUGAUUUGAUUAAGGAGGUGUUACUGGAAAUUUAUGAGCACUCCACUGCUCCAAAUCCUUGGCUUCUUCAUUUUCAUUCUAAAAUCAGAGCAAUGCCUGUAGGAAUUUAUCUGGUAAAGGAUGUUUGGAGUGAAAUUCAGUGGCAUCUGUGUGCGCCACAGGGGUUAGAUGCCACGCUUGAUGACCUUAUGGCUCAUGAUUUUGCUAAAAACGAUGGGUGGAUGAAUCUGUACCGUGAAGCUGAGUGCUUUGCUUUGCAGCUGGAGUAUCUGAUAUUGGAUGAUUUGCUUGAUGAAGCAGUUGUGGAUUCUGAUGAGUUCAGCUUUUGAAGGUAUUGAUCCUUUAUUCAUUUGUGUUACAUACAACAAUUCUUAUGCAUUUACAUAUCAAACAAAAAUAGUCAUAUAUUUACAUUUAUACAUUCAAAUUUUU